UGUGGCUGCGCGAUCUUCACGUUACAGGAUUUUGACUUUGUGAUGUCGCCCUACGCCGCCCUCAUAUCGCUGGUGCUGGUUCUAGUUCUGGUUCUGGUUCUGGGUCUGGUCCAGGCUGCGGAUGGAAGAAGAGACCGGGGUAGAAACAAGCGCUGGUCUGCGUCCUCUGAAAGCCCCAAACUCGGCUCACCUCUGUCUAAGAAAGUUUUGGAUGGAACAAAAAUGCGCAGUGAGAAGAGCAGCCACCUGCUGAGCAUUGAUGAGCAUGACUUCACCCUGAGACCGGCCUUUGCAGGCCCGGCGGUCCCAGUGGGAGUAGAUGUCCAAGUAGAGAGCUUGGACAGCAUCUCUGAGGUCGACAUGGAUUUUACCAUGACGCUGUAUCUGAGACAUUAUUGGAGGGAUGAGCGCUUGUCCUUUCCGAGCUCCAUCAAUAAGAGCAUGACAUUUGAUGGGCGACUGGUCAAGAAGAUCUGGGUUCCAGAUGUAUUCUUUGUGCACUCCAAGAGAUCCUUCAUCCAUGACACCACAACUGACAACAUUAUGCUGAGGGUGUAUCCUGAUGGACAGGUGCUCUACAGCCUCCGGGUGACUGUGACUGCUGCCUGUAACAUGGACUUGAGCCGCUUCCCCUUGGACUCGCAGACAUGCACGUUGGAGCUGGAGAGCUAUGCUUACACAGAUGAGGACCUGAUGCUCUAUUGGAAAAGUGGUGAUGAGUCUCUGAGCACAGAUGAGCGUAUCUCUCUGUCCCAGUUCCUCAUUCAGAAAUUCCACACCACGUCACGCCUGGCCUUCUACAGCAGCACAGGCUGGUACAACCGGCUCUACAUCAACUUCACUCUGCGGCGCCACAUCUUCUUUUUCCUGCUGCAGACUUAUUUCCCUGCCACGCUCAUGGUCAUGCUGUCCUGGGUGUCCUUCUGGAUUGACCGCCGGGCCGUCCCCGCCAGAGUGUCUUUAGGAAUCACCACAGUCCUGACCAUGUCCACCAUCAUCACCGGGGUCAAUGCCUCCAUGCCCAGAGUGUCCUACAUAAAAGCUGUGGACAUCUACUUGUGGACGAGCUUUGUCUUCGUCUUCCUUUCUGUCCUGGAAUAUGCUGCUGUCAACUACCUGACCACAGUGAGGGACGGCAGGGACCGGCAGCUCCGUGAACAGAACGUCCCCUGCUCCUGCAGUCUGCCCCAGAUCAGAACCAUGAUGCUGCAUGGGAGCUACAGUGAAACAGAGACUAACAGCUUAGCCGAUUACACCAGAGCUGUGGCUCCAGAGGACUCCUCGCACAAGCAGGAGCAGAUGGUAGUGCGCUUGGCUCUGGAUCACCUCCCUCCUGAGGAAGACAACAGGCCCCCCAGAGGCUUCAGGAUCCUUCGGAACACUCACACCAUUGACACAUACUCACGCAUGAUCUUCCCCGGAGCAUAUAUCCUCUUCAACCUCAUCUACUGGUGUGUCUACUGUUAGUGCAACACCAGACCAACUACUGCAACAGAAUGCUGCUGAAUGGGACACCUUCUACUGGCUACCUUCUACUGGAUAUUGGCUUUGAGAGGUCACUUUGAAAUCACUCUCAUGGCUACUCUCAUGGUUAUGUUUAGGAACAUUUUGUGAAAGUUCAGCUCACAAAGCUUUUUCCAGGUAUGCUCUCUCCUGAUUGGACAUAACCCUGAGAGAGUGAGAUUUUUUUUGUUUAUUUAUUAAUGUAUAUGUUAUUAUUUCAUACAAUUUAGAAUCUUUACACUUACACAUAGGCUUUUUAAAAUUAAACUUGUUAUAAUAUUUAUUUUAUUAGUUUUUUUUUCAAGGAAAAGUGCAGGAUUUAGUUAUGUAUGUUUUUAAAUGACUUUUCCAUUUUACAAGGUUGAACUGAAUGCCUUAAGUCAAAACUUGACCUGCCUGUUAUUGAUGAUGUCCUGUGGAAUUUUGA